AUGACUGAAGGUCAUGACGAAGUGAAGGAAAUUAAUGAUGAAAACAUGGGUUGGAGCCAGGUGAUGGAGAAGGCGGCGGCGGCGGCGGCAGCAUUCCGUGGAGUUCGACGAGGAAGAAAACGUUACAUUGGGGUGAGACAGCGACCCUCAGGGCGAUGGGUGGCUGAGAUUAAAGACACUAUACAGAAGAUCAGAGUUUGGCUGGGCACUUAUGAUACUGCUGAAGAAGCUGCAAGAGCUUAUGAUGAAGCCGCUUGCUUGCUUCGUGGAGCCAAUACUCGAACAAAUUUCUGGCCUUGUUCACCAUCUUCAAAGCCUGUGCUUCCUUCGAAGAUCACCAAUCUUCUCUUGCUCCGGCUUACAGCUAGGAAUAGUAAUGUUAAUGCUACCAGUGCUUCAAUGGUUACUGCUGCUUCACCUGUUUGCCAGCAGGACGUUCAAGAAACGGCAAAUGCUAUGGAAGAUCAUAUUCGUAGUUGCCAGUUUGAUGAUUUCUUCAACGUCCCAGAUCAAGAUUGCACCAUUAAUACUGAAAAUAGUGAUAGUAUUACUAAUGAUUACAUGCUGGAUUGUUUUGACACAAGUUUCAGUACUAAUGCAGAAGAUAACUGGAGCAGCUUUGCUGGCAAUAGCAUUAGUCAUGAGGAAGAGAAGAAAUCAAAGGAAGAAGUAGUUGAAGAAGAGAUUGAUAAGGAAGUGCUGGAUUUUGGAUUUGUAGAUGAUUUAGGAAUCUCUCGUCAUUGUUCUCCAUUUGAGAUAGCUGAGGAGAUUAUGAAGCCAAUGCAACAGGACGAUCAAAUUGAUCAUGAGGAUCCUGAACCAACAAUGCUAACAGAGACAAUGAAGAGGAUGCAGUACGAACGUAAUUUCUCAGCAUUGCUGUAUGCUUUCAAUGGGGUAUCUGAGUGUUUAAAACUCAAAGAAAAAGGCAAGCCUGAAGUGCAUACAUCGACUAACCUGAUCAGAGUCAAUGAAGUGAAGAAGGAAUUAUUAGAAGAGAUGGUGCAAUUAGAACAAGUUGGGACUCCACGGGCACCAACAGAAACAGGGUCGUCAUCGACAUUUUCUUCUUCUUCUUCUUCUUCUUCCACCAAGGAAUUUGAUGAUCAGGUCUCUCUUUGGAGUUCUUUAGAUCUUUCUCCAAUCGGCUUCUCCAUUUAG